UAAAGAUGGCGGUGACAGGACGGCGUUGUGACGCGACGGCACGUCCGCCGGAAGUGUCCUGAGGAGAGCUUGGAAGCCGGCUCACCCUCGCGCCUGCCGUAUCUCGAGCUUCGUGUUUUGAGCAGGAGUCGCCACUCUUCUACCAGGAUCAUGGUGUUCUACUUCACCAGCAGCAGCGUUAAUUCAUCUACUUACACUAUUUACAUGGGAAAGGAUAAAUAUGAAAAUGAAGAUCUGAUAAAGUAUGGCUGGCCUGAAGAUAUUUGGUUUCACGUGGACAAACUCUCUUCGGCCCAUGUGUACCUACGAUUACAAAAGGGAGAGAAGAUAGAAGACAUUCCAAAGGAGGUUUUGAUGGACUGUGCCCACCUUGUGAAGGCCAAUAGCAUUCAAGGCUGCAAGAUGAACAACGUUAAUGUGGUUUACACGCCAUGGUCUAACCUGAAGAAAACAGCUGACAUGGAUGUGGGGCAGAUAGGCUUUCACAGGCAGAAGGAUGUAAAGAUUGUGACGGUAGAGAAGAAAGUGAAUGAAAUCUUGAACCGAUUAGAAAAGACCAAACUGGAGAAGUUUCCAGACCUCGCAGCAGAGAAGGAAGGCAGAGACCGUGAAGAGAGGAAUGAGAAGAAAGCCCAGAUUCAGGAGAUGAAAAGGAAAGAGAAAGAAGAAAUGAAGAAGAAAAGGGAAAUGGAUGAACUUAGGAGCUACUCAUCACUCAUGAAAGUUGAGAAUAUGUCCUCAAAUCAAGAUGGUAACGAUUCCGAUGAGUUCAUGUGAGCCGAGCAACAGACCCUGGGAAGACAUGAAUGUGCAGACCAUUGCAGAGCUUUUGAUUUCAUCUAGGUUCUGAAUUACAGAAACCAACCAACCAAAAUUCUACCUUCAUUCUACAUAGACAUCAUUGGUUUUUGGAGUUUAAAAAAAAAGUCACCUUUUUGCUGAUGAAAAGAACAGAUGUAUAAUAUAGUUGAGCUUGAAGACAACUUAAAAGUUUAGGGAAAGGAGAAUAUUUUUGGCAGAACAUUCGUCAGUACCUCAUGAAGGCUGGCUGCCUUUGUCUUUGAGAUAGACAUUGGAGCAGACCGACUCUGGAAAGUGCUUCUGUGGCUGUGGUCUAUCCUGGGAACAGACGUCGUAAAAUGCAUUUCCUAUCUCUAAAAUAUCUACUUCUGUGAAGAAGCCUGGCUUUCUCAGGCCAGGGCCCUCCUGACGACGGUUUCCUGACUAGAAGAAAGGGACGUGGGUUUGAAGGCAGCAGCAGUGCUUACUUAACUUGCAUUUCAGUAUUUGGCAAGUUCUCUCUUGCUGGCGUCAGAGUAGCUGGCCCAGCUCUUAGCUUGUUCUGAGGGUUCUGUUCUCACUACUGUGAGGUGAGGGCCCCAUCUCAGCAUCAUACAUACAUAGUUGAUCUUAACUAAGCUUGGGAACAAGUCACCUGAAAUCACAGGUGAUCCAAGCCGCAGAUGUGACAGCUAGGCUCUGAAGCUGUUUCUGUGUGUGGAGGGAGACAGGAAAGGGUGCUGUGCUAGUUGUGAGAGUGACACAGAUUGCCUCAUGAUUGUCUGGAGUGUAUCAUGAAACAAAAGUCCACCAUGGAUUGCAAGCUUUAGAAAGAAUCAAGCAUUUUCCCUAGCCAGGCAAGGCAUCCGUUUCCUUACUUUGGAAUAGUAUUUAUGUUGAAUUGUAACUCCAGAGUUGUAAGCUUAGUGACUUCACAUGCAUGUAGCAUUGGUACUGGUCUGAGCCACCUGCUACCCAGUAGAUAGAUAACCUUUUUGUUAGUGUUUAAGGGAGCCCCUGAAGAGACUCAACAGAACAGUGAGAGGAGAGAGAGAAAAGCUGGCAGGGUUGUGACUGGCAUGCAGAUCCAUAUUCUAGCACACCACACAGUGCCCACAGCUCUGCGGUGCUGAGCCAGCAGAAAUGAUUUCUUCAGCAGAUGUACCAGCUGUCAUCACUGACGUAUGCACAAAACCAGACCCUUGAUCCCUGGUAUCCCAAGUUUAGUAUGAGUUAAACUGGAAAAUUCCCUGAGGCAUAGCUUGUUAGCCAAUUUGAGGAGAGCCAGUUUGAGGGGUAUGAAAGUCAGCACCAGAGAUCAGUGAGUGUGAAUGUGUGUGUGUGUGUGUGUGUAUGUGAGAGAGAGAGAGUGUGUGUGUGUGUGUGUGUGUGAGAGAGAGAGAGAGUGAUAUUUAGACUGGAGUUCUGUGAUUUAAAAAAAUUAUAAUAAAGUAUCAUUUUUGUCAGAAAGGACAUUGAUAUAUGAAUUCUUAGAACUUGUUUUCUAUAAAAGAGAGCAGCCCCCACCUCCAAUCCUGUUUAAGGCUAAUUGUGCUGUAAAAGCUCAUUUAUCAUAGGUUCUUUCUGUGAACUCGAGAUCUCGUGUAUUUGAGGUGAGCAUUGGACCACAGCCCCACCCACCUCAGGUUCUGCUGUGGGGCCUGCAAGAGUGGCCUCGUUUUGUCAGAUCUGAGCAUGGAGAAGUUUGAACUGAAGGCGGGGCUGCCCAUUUCCACAAGCCCCCCUGUGUAAUCCCUGUAGACAUUGCUUUAAAGCUUUGGCUCCUUUAGUCCUUGGCUAGAGACACCUCAGUGGGAGGCUUUGCUGCUAGCAUUACCUGUGUCCCCUCGGCCUCUGCAUCUACAGACCUUGAACACACAUGGGGGAGCUUUUGAAGGCUAUCCCUUCAGUGUCAGAUGCUCAACUUAUAUUUGAGGGUAAGUAGUUCAAAACUCCGCUCACAGGUUUAGCAUUAUCCGGGCCUCUUCUGAAUUCUCAGGCUUGCAUACCUGGCUCUCCUCCCUCACCAUUUUAGCUGUUCCAUGCCUAAAGCUGUACCCCCGCCUCUCUGCCCCUGUUUUAUGUUUUUCCAGUUCAGUUGGUCUCAGGGAAAAGCAGAGACCUUUUCUUUUAAGGACAUACAUAGUUCAGGAAUCAGACUGCCAUCAUCAAAGCCGUCUGUUUUUGCUGCUGGCUUGUGUCCUAAGUGUUUGAUAAGGAAGUUCCAGAUUGUUCUAUGCUUAUGAGUUACCGCUUUGAUCACUUCUGUGUGUAUGAGAGUCCCCUGCAUCUCUUUCCAGUUUCCUGGCUGUGCUCUCUAUGCAGAGGAGGCCUGCCUAAUCGCUCAACUUCACAAGCUGCUGUAGGCACUUGUGAGUAAUUUUAGCUCUCUCAUUUCUUACCUUUGUUGUGAGGUCAGAUGCCUGGGCAAGGCAGGCGUGACAUGGUGCUUGUGCUUACCAAAUUGGCAAGGUUUUGACAACAGUAGGUGUAGGCUGUAGUUGAACCCAUCCAGGAUCUUUUUAUGUUUUGCUGUUUAAACUCUCUCUGGAAGUGUGGGUAUUAGAGAGCCUUUUAACUGCUGCUUGUUAGUUAGUGGUCCUGUCCCCGCCACCACUCCCAGGAAGAGAUCCUGUAACCCACGCUGCAAGACUCCAGUCUCCAGCUAAACACAAAGUGGAAGCACCCUCGUGUGUAAGGGGGGUGCCCUUCUUUCUCUGAGUUGGGAAGGUAUAAGGGGGAGAGAUAAUGCAGCCUCCCAGCAUGUCCUUGGACAUGAUACUGAAGUCUUCUUUUUCUUUGAACGCAGAAUAUGGAUAACAUCCCAAAAUUGAAUAUGGUCAUACUAGAGUAGAUAGGUGACCUUUUGGUUUUAAAGUAAAACAAAACAACAAGCUACAACCAGAAGUUAUAAAGUUAGAAGCUUAGAUUCCAGACCUAACAUCAGUCUCCAUCCAUCUAGCCCAAGCAAGUUCUCUAAAGCUGUGCUUAGUGAGCGCUCUUUGCCUGGCACCUGGGAGCCCAGCACAGGCAAGACUCAGCAUGCAUCCUCCUGUCAUUUCUGUCGUGACACAUUCAGCCUUGGACACAGUGUUCUGGAGGAGUGUUCUGUAAACCACAACAAAACCUUAUCAUUUGAGUAGAGCUGUGUGUGCUUGCAGGACUUCUCUAUGUUUGUCUUCUAGGGCUCAGCCUCUAUAGUGGCAUGUGCAUAGUGAUUUUCAGAGGGUUAACAUGUAACAAGUGAUACCUUUCAGUCACUUCUGGGUCCAAGCAGAGGAAGAGGAACAAAUGAAAAGCGAUUAUCACCCAAGACUCCCAGAACCAGAAGCUGAAAGGCCAUGAUAAAAAAACCACUAACAUCUGCAAUUUGAUUUCAUGUCUACCUCAAAUUCUUAACUGGGCUGCCUGGACUCAGGGCUGGUAAUGAUAGUCUGUUCUCUGUUGCUGUAAUCUAACUUGAAACUGGAUAAUUUAUAUGCAAAA